AUGGAUAAUAGCCAGAAAGACGACUCUGUUAUUUAUUUAAAUUGUAGACAACACAGAUUUUGUCAAUUCCAAGAAAUUUUUUAUUAUAUUUCCGAUUGCAGAGAUGAAAUACGAGCAGUAGCUCUCACUACUCAUCAGAUGGUGUUCAUCGAGAGCCAGGCAGCAGCAAAAGCAGAAGGCAAGGGAAAAGAGAAACAACACAAAAUGCUAAUCAACAACAACGACGACGAUAGCAAAUGGGCUCUGACUCUGACUGUGUAUAGUGUGUCGUUUGUGAAUCUCCAUCAUAUAUACACAUAUCUCAUUCUUAGCGUUUUUCUUCAAGAAGAAAUGAAACGACGAAAUAUAAAGACUUGGAAUUGUUAUGUAGCUAAGAUUUCGGAGGAUUCCCAUUUUCCUUUAGCAAAUUUUAUUUCUUCCAUUUUCACUGUUAUUCCUCAGCUGCAAACUGUUAUUUAUUUAGUUUAA